UACAGUUCCAGUCGCUGGUCCAUUUCUCGUCCUUAAUGCUGGAUUUAGCAAAGCCUGCGAUGGUAUCGAAGACUUGCAUCCUUCUGCUCGCCUGUCUCUGCACGACCUUCGUGAGUUUAGGCUCAGGCUCAGAGGCAGAACACAAAUUAUUCUCUGUCAUAUUUGAGAAGUACAAUCAAUACAUCCGUCCAGUGGAGAAUGUGUCAGACCCCGUUGUUGUCCAUUUUGAAGUCUCCAUGUCUCAGCUUGUUAAAGUGGAUGAAGUGAACCAAAUAAUAGAGACAAAUCUGUGGCUCAGACAUAUCUGGAAUGACUAUAAGCUAAAGUGGAACCCGAGUGAAUAUGGAGGUGUUGAAAUUAUCAGAGUGCCUUCUGACAAAAUCUGGAGACCGGAUAUCGUCCUCUACAAUAAUGCUGUAGGAGAUUUUCUAGUAGAUGACAAGACCAAAGCUGUUGUUCGUUAUAAUGGUGAUGUGACCUGGAUGCCUCCUGCAAUCUUCAAGAGUUCCUGCAAAAUUGAUGUCACUUACUUUCCUUUUGAUUAUCAAAACUGUACAAUGAAGUUUGGCUCCUGGACAUACGACAAAGCAAAAAUAGAUCUUGUACUCAUUGGUUCCACAAUCAACCUCAAGGACUUCUGGGAGAGUGGCGAGUGGAUGAUCAUUGAUGCACCAGGCUACAAGCAUGACAUCAAAUAUAACUGUUGUGAAGAAAUCUAUCCAGAUAUUACUUACUCCUUGUACAUCCAACGGCUCCCUUUGUUUUACACAGUCAACAUGAUAAUACCAUGUCUUCUGAUUUCCUUCUUGACUAUUCUGGUUUUCUACUUGCCCUCCGAUUGUGGGGAGAAGGUGACCCUCUGUAUCUCUGUGCUUUUGUCCCUGACUGUCUUCCUCCUUGUGAUUACUGAGACCAUCCCGUCCACAUCUUUAGUCAUUCCUUUAAUUGGGGAGUAUCUUCUUUUCACCAUGAUUUUUGUUACCCUGUCAAUUGUUAUCACUGUAUUCGUGCUAAACGUUCACUACCGAACUCCCCAAACUCACACCAUGCCCCAGUGGGUUAGGACUGUGUUCCUCCAUUUCUUUCCCAAUGUGAUGUUCAUGACACGGCCAAAGAAAGAAGCAGAAAAGCCAUCAUCUCACCACCCCCACCAGUCAUUUCAGCCCACGUUUCAUUAUUCACACCAAACACAGCAGAAAAAAAUGUCAUCAUCUGGUCAUCAGAGACAACCAAUUUUCAUCGAUACAGAACUCUCUGAAUUAAGUGGUGUUGAUUGGAAGACUAAUGCUGAUGCUAAGAGUAGGUCCAUGGAAGGCGUCUUUUGCCAGCAAGGGCAUUGCUGUUGGAACCAAAAUUGCACUGUGCACUCUUCUGAGUCUCAAGGAGAUGACGUGCAGGAAGCCAUGGGUACUUCAGACUUUCUCUGCACCUUUCUCAGUGUCUCUGCUCUGUCCCAUGAAGUUGGUGAAGCCAUUGACAGUGUUCGGUACAUUGCCGAGAAUAUGAAAUUGCGCAAUGAAGCAAAAGAGAUCCAGGAUGACUGGAAGUAUGUUGCAAUGGUGAUUGACCGGAUCUUCCUGUGGGUCUUCAUCUUAGUGUGCAUCUUAGGAACAGCAGGGCUCUUUCUUCAACCCUUGCUGGUGGCAGAUGAUCCUUAAUCUAAGAAAUGGCAUUAGGAUUUAGACAAUCUUAAACAAAAAUGAGUGUAAUAUUAAACCAAAUUUAACCUGUGUACAACUAUACUACAUAGAAACAAAGUUAGAAAGGUUAAAGUUAACUGAUGUAAACGUUGGAACAUUUCACAUUUUUAUAGUUACUUCAUCCAAUAGUCUUCUAUCAAAUUUUGUUUACUAAUUUUUUUUAAGAAUGAGUCAUAUUUAAAAAUAACAGCAAUAAUAGACUGCAAUGGCACGUGUUAGUAGACCACAUUAAAUAUGCAUUUUUUAACAGCUCUUUACAAUGUCGUGUAGUGAAAAACGUAACCUAAACCAUCAUUCAUCUUCUGACUCAAGACUCAGAUGGCCAGUGAGGAAAAAGCGCCAUUACACCCAACUCAUGCUCACUUCUAGGACUACUUUGGGGUUCAGAUAUGUGCUUCACUCUGAGUACUCUCCUGCAGUACCGGCAAUCCUGAGCCUCAAGUAUUGUUUGAAGGUGCCAUGGCAAUGAUGUCUAAGGCCACAUAGACACUUCAAAUGACCCCGUUUAGAUUUUUUUUCCUCAUAUGUGACUCAGAUCUAAUAUUUGUAACAUGGGGUUAACAAUAAAAAGUAUUUGGAAUCACAA